AUGCGUCCGCGCGAGCUGGAUGUCAAGCCACACCCACAUCGCCCGUACGACGUGUGGGACCGCGAUCACGGCCGCGACCGAGAACGCGAACGCGACAUCGGGUACGGCCCGUCCGAGCUCCGUCGCGAUUCAAAACCAAACGUCUCCAUCAAGCCUGAGGAAGAGCCGCCCAAGAAACGUCGACGCAAAGGCGGCGCGGGCAAUACCGACAUCCCCGACAAUGCAGAGGUCGAGUACGCCGACCCAGACGGCGACACUACAAGGGGCCCCGUGUUUGUGCAUCCGCCAAAGGGAGCUGUACAGGCAUGUGUGCGCUGCCACAGGAUCAAGCGCAAAUGCGACGGCGCGUUCCCACGCUGCGCGAGCUGCACACGCGCAGACGUGCCGUGCGUGUUCGAGCUGAGCGCGGCGACCUCCACAUAUGUGCACACAUUAAAGGACACGAAUGCGAAUCUCACGAGUCAGGUAGACGCGGCACACACGCGCAUCCGCACCUUGGAAGAACAGCUCGCUCGCGGAGGAGCAGCCUCGAGCAUCUGUGCGCCUCCGACCAGCGUCGGCGGGCUCGUGGGCGCCGCGAACACGGGCGAGUUUGCGCGCAUGGCUGCCGGCGCAAUGAGUAUGCGUGAGCAUGCUGUUCUGGGAGUGGAGGGCCGGCAGGUUGCGAGCCGCGUACGCUCCCUCUCCCCGACGACGGAACCCAUCACUGAGCUCCUCACGCGAGAGGGCGCUCAUAAGGCUGCCAAGAUGUACUUUGACUUUAACGCGCUUCCGUACCCAAUACUCGACAAGAGCGAGACCCUCGCCACCAUCGACGAGAUGUACGGCGGCGAACCGCCGCAGCCACGCGCGCCGAAACGGCGCACGACCUCGUCCUCCAUCAACAGCGAUGCGAGCGAGGAUGCGGAGCGUCGCCAGUUCCUCGCGGGCAUGGUUCUCGCGAUCGGGAGCCACGCGAGCGCGCGUGCAGGCGAGGACGACGCCCAGGGCGCUCUGGCGGAGAGGAUAUACCGCUCCGCAUUGCGGAAUCGCGCGCGCGCACUCGAGCGAGAAAACAUGGUCUGCGUGCAGGCGCUCUGCCUUCUCGCGCUCUGGACGAUGAGCAACCCCGCCUCGGGAAGUAUCUGGCAGCUCGUGGGCCUGGCGGCACGCGUUAUCACAUCGAUAGGGCUGCAUCGCCGCGCCGAGCCAAGUGUCAAUCCAGACGUGGCCGAGGCCCGCCGCCGCCUCUUCUACGCAUUUUACAACAUUGACCGUUUGCUUGCUCCGACGCUCUGCAAGCCGCUCGCAAUCUCGGAGGAGGACAUCGACAUCGAGCUCCCAACCCAGCGGGAAGAUGACGGCGUGUUCCGUGGCCACCCGCUCAUCGGGCUCACCAAUCACGUCGUGCGCUACCGGGGCUUGAUGGGGCGAAUCCUCACCGAGCUCUACUCUGUCAACGGGGUGAACAACAACAAGCCCGAGUCCGAACGCAUAGCCAUAGUGCACCGCCUCCACUCUGAGCUCGACGCGUGGAUUGUCGAUUGCCCACCGCCGCUAGACACGCAGGGCCAGAACACUCCCAAGGCCAACUACUCAUCAUGGUGGCAGAUCCAUUACAACCAGGGCUUGUGCACGCUCUACCGCCCGUCACCCCUCUACCCAAAUUCGACACCAGAGACACUUCGCGCCCUGUACGAUGCGAGCAGUCGCUGCGUCGACCUCUAUCUCGACAUGUACGCUGUCAACAAGACGUCCUUCCACCUGCUCCAGAUCAUCGCGCUCUUCGUGUCGUGCAUCUCACUUCUAUGUUGUUUGUGCGAGUGCGAGGCGCGCAUGCGCGCUGCCGAGACGUCGCCCGAGACGGCAGUCACACUUGCAGAGCUCGGCCUGGGACGGUAUACCGGUGCGGACGACCCGGCGUGGGCCACUGAGAUUCGCGGCCGCGUGUCCCAGUGUCAGAGUCUGUUUGACGCGUUUGGGCACCAUAUCCCCGCCUCGGCCAAGUAUCGGGACACAUUCUUCCGCAUCUCGGAAUUACUUCUCGCGCGGUAUGGCCCACUCGAAAAGGCCGACGGUGCACCAGCUACUGGCAAUGCAGAACGCCCCUCGGGGGCUAAUAACAGUGCUGCUCAGCCGGCUGCACACCCUCAACACGGUCCCGUGAACAUGAACGGGGCUGCCGAGCCGCCGGCCUACGCCUCGGUCAUGGACGUCAUGCCCACCGGUCUCGUGCCCCAGGUUGCACCGGGGGAGAAGGCGCCGCCAAUGCCAGGUGCCGAUGACAUGGCCGGGGCGUGGGACGCCAUGACCCAGCUUUGGUUCGAUUUGGGCGAUAUGUUUGGGGACGAGAGUGACCCGUUCGCUACACUCGACAACGACUGGUCUGGCGAAUGGGGUGGAGGAGGACUCGGCGGCGUCGGCGUCGGCGGUGGGGGGGUAAGUGGUAUGGAUGGGGUACCCGGGGUGCCGAGGCAUGACGAGAUGAGUUGGAACCAACUGCACUAG